UUUGUCGUCGAAAUAUCAAUGAUGUAUUGUCAACAAAAUGGGAUAUUUAUAGGCAGACAUUGUAUUUCGAUUUGUAGACGUUUCGGAUUCCUCUUACCAUCAAUACCUUCAAAAUGAUGAAAAUCACGAUCUUUGCGUUAGCGGCGUUGGCUUGCUCGCUAGCUUUGCCUCAAGACGGCCAGACCCAGCAAACGCCUGUCGAAAUCGUGAAGCAAGACUCCCAAGUCGACGUCAAUGGAUAUAACUUCGACUUCGAGACGAGUGAUGGCACAUCGAGACAAGAGCAAGGUGAAUACAAGAACGACACUGAGCAGCAAGGUCUUUUGGUUAAGGGGAGUUACAAAUACAUAGCACCAGAUGGCCAGCAUAUUUCUGUAUCUUUCGUAGCUGACAAAAACGGCUACCAACCCACAGAGCAUACUGGAGAUGAACAACCUGCAGGACAAUGAUAAAAUACCGACGCCGAUGCAAUUCUGACUAAUACACACCGAGUAUAGAAAUUUCAAUUUAAAUCUUCAUGCAUUCAUUCGACAAACAAGUAUGUAAAAACAAUAUUAUUAUUGUUUUUUGUUUCGUACAAAGAAAAGAACUCGUCGCGUUUGUAAUUACUUGCGGAAUAUGGAGGACGAUUAAAUCGGUGGUGAAAAUGGAUGGUAAAAUUUGUCGGUUAUCAACAAGUCACAACAGAAUUGCACCCAAUACCAAAUCUUAUAGGAUAUGUAAAAUGGCUAUGAUAAUGUAAAGUACCUUCAUAGCAUUAAGUAUUAUACCAUUAUAUUGUGUUCAUGUUAAUAAUAAAUAUACUCUAAGAA